AUGGAGGAGGCCGCUCUCGUUGGUCCAUCUGGAUCCCAGAAUGCAUUGCGGAGGCGUGGAGGCCGUGGAAGACCAGGAGAUGUCGUGGGUGAGGCCAGUUGGGCCAGCAGUGUGAUCAACCUGGUCAAUACCAUCAUCGGUGCCGGUGUGCUUGCGAUGCCCCUAGCCAUCUCCCGCAUGGGAAUUGUCCUCGGCGUCGGCGUGGUUCUGUGGUCUGCAGUCACCGCAGGAUUCGGCCUCUACCUGCAAUCACUAUGCGCGCAAUACCUAGAUCGUGGAAGCGCCUCAUUCUUUGCGCUAUCACAGUUGACAUACCCCAACGCGGCCGUCGUCUUUGACGCUGCGAUUGCGAUCAAGUGUUUCGGAGUCGGCGUGAGCUAUCUCAUCAUCAUUGGAGAUCUCAUGCCGGGGGUAGUACAAGGCUUUGUUGGCAGCGAGCCAGGAUAUGACUUCCUGGUGGACCGCCAUUUUUGGGUUACGGCUUUUAUGUUGAUCGUGAUUCCUAUUUCCUACUUGCGCCGGUUGGAUUCUUUGAAGUAUACCAGUAUUGCGGCCUUGAUGUCCAUGGCCUAUUUGGUUGUCCUGGUUGUGUAUAAAUUUGUCCAGGGAGACACAAUGGAAGAUCGGGGCCCGAUUCGCGUGGGCCAUUGGGCCGGCGCGGUUCCGACUCUCAGCAGUCUGCCAGUUAUUGUCUUUGCAUUUACUUGCCAUCAAAACAUGUUCUCCAUCCUCAACGAAAUCGGCAAUAACAGCCACUUCCGCACGACUGCCGUUGUUUUCGCGAGCGCCGGUAGCGCAGCUGCAACAUACAUCCUCGUUGCCAUCACCGGAUACUUAUCCUUCGGCAACAGUGUAGGCGGCAAUAUCAUCGGCAUGUACCCACCCGGCGUGUAUGCAACGAUCGGCCGCGCUGCAAUCGUCAUGCUAGUAGUCUUCUCUUAUCCACUUCAAUGCCACCCAUGCCGAGCCUCAGUCGAUGCUGUCCUAAGAUGGCGCCCCAGACAACAAGUCCAUGGCACAGAGAGUUCUCCAAACCGGCACCCACUGCUUGGCCCACGCGGAAACCGUACCCCGGAGCCAAUGAGCGAUCUUCGCUUCUCCAUUAUCACAACCACCAUCUUGAUCCUGAGCUACCUAGUUGCUAUGACCGUGUCUUCCCUCGAAUCCGUGUUGGCAUACGUCGGGAGCACUGGCAGCACAAGCAUCAGCUUCAUUCUCCCGGGCUUGUUCUACUACAAAAUCUCCUCGCCCGACUCACCUACCCACCAGGUCUUAAUGAAAGAGGACGAUGAGGCGGAGGAUGAUCUUUUCGAUGAUGACGAAUGUGACGACGACGAGGGUUCCCUCGCUCGGUCGUUGACCGAGAGUGGCCUUUUGCCCCGUGGCAGCCGCUGGCGCAAGCUACUGCUUCGCCGACUCAGCCUGGCGUUAGCUCUCUACGGCUUCCUUGUUAUGGUUGUGUGUCUGAUUACGAACACCUUUUUCAAAGUCUCGCAUUAA